CCCCCCAAUUCAACCUCCCUUCUCACAAUAAUCCAUUAGCUCCAUAUUGGGAUUUUCGCAUAUUUCCGUUUCACCUCUUCCAAUCCGAUCGGUUCGAUAAAAAAUAUCAAAACCCAGUUCAAGAAUUGCGUUACUUUCUGUUUACUUUUUGUUUUAGAGUUUAUUAAUUUUAUAAAUAUUACAGGCCCAAGUCGUUUUUUCCCUUAUAUUUGAUAUUUAAUUUUAUCGGAUUAGCGCGUCUUUCUAGGCUUUGGUGCGAGCAGUACUGAGCAUGCGGUAUACGUGAUAGUUGUGAAUUUUGGAUUAUUUGUUCUCAUGGCAAUGCCAUCGGGAAAUGUGGUUUUAUCGGACAAAAUGCAAUUUCCGAGCGGUGGCAGCGGGGUUGUCGGUGGUUCUGGUGGCGGUGGAGGCGCGGGUGAGAUCCAUCAGCACUACCACCGACAGUCCUUCCCUGAUGAGCGGGAUGGGUUUAUCUCGUGGCUGCGUGGCGAAUUUGCCGCUGCCAAUGCGAUAAUUGACUCCUUGUGUCACCAUAUCCGCGCCGUCGGUGAGCCGGGCGAGUACGAUAAUGUUAUAGGAUGUAUUCAGCAGAGGCGGUGUAAUUGGAACCCGGUGCUACAUCUGCAGCAGUACUUUUCGGUGGCUGAAGUUAUAUACGCGCUGCAACAAGUGGCGUGGAGGAGGCAGCAGCGAUAUAUUGAGCCAUUUAAGUCGGGAGGUAAGGAGUUUAAGAGAUCUGGUAUGGGGUUUAAGCAGGGGCAGAGGCUUCAGGCGACGAAGGAAGCGCAUAAUUCUAGUGUAGAGUCUCAUAGUCAUGAUGAGAGUGCGUUGGGUGGUGUUGUGGGUUUUGAGAAAGCCGAGAGACCGAGUAAAAAAGUUGAGGAAGUUAAGUCGGAAAGGAAGGUUGGGAAUUUGGAUGAUAAGGGUUCAGCACUUGGAGAGGAGAAAAUAGAUGCUGGAUAUUGGGAAGGAAUGGUUUGUGGCAACUCACAUUCCAAAGAAAAUCAUUCGCACCAGGAAAAAAACCAGAAUGAGAAGCAGAAUCUUGGUACUGUACCAAAAACUUUUGUUGGCACUGAGAUAUUUGGGGGGAAGGCGGUCAAUGUGGUUGACGGGCUGCAGCACUAUGAAGAAUUAUUUGACGACUUGGAAGUGCAAAGGCUUGUUUCACUAGUAAAUGAUCUGAGGGCUUCAGGAAAAGGAGGACAUUUUCAAGCAGAUCAGACAUAUGUGGUUUCAAAGAGGCCUAUGAAGGGACGUGGAAGAGAGAUGAUUCAGUUGGGUCUCCCUAUUGCAGAUGCAUCUCCAGAAGAGGAUAAUGCAGUAGGAACCUCUAAAGAUCAGAAAAUAGAAUCCAUCCCUUCCUUGCUACAAGAUGUUAUUGAACGCUUGGUAGGCAUGCAAAUAAUGACUUCAAAACCAGACUCUUGCAUCAUUGAUUUCUAUAAUGAGGGUGAUCACUCACAGCCACACAUGUUCCCAGCUUGGUUUGGGAGGCCUGUUUGCAUCCUUUUUUUGACAGAUUGUGACCUGACUUUUGGAAAAGUAAUUUUAAUAGACCAUCCUGGGGAUUUUAGAGGCACUCUUAAGCUUUCCCUUGCACCCGGAUCUCUCUUAGUAAUGCAAGGAAAAUCCUCGGAUUUUGCACGACAUGCUAUUCCAUCCCUCCAGAAACAAAGGAUACUUGUUACUUUCACAAAGUCUCAACCAAAGAAAUCCAUACCUAGUGACAGUCAGCGUCUUCCUUUACCUUCUGUAGCAUCAUCGCACUGGGGUCCACCACCCAGUAGAUCUCCUAAUCAUAUUCGCCACUCAAUGCCUUCAAAGCAUGUUGGUGCUGUUCCAGCUACUGGUGUACUGCCAGGCCCGCCGACUCGGCCCCAAAUCCCACCCCCAAAUGGCAUCCAACCAGUUUUUGUGCCUACUCCAGUUUCACCAGCCAUUUCUUAUCCUGCACCAGUUCCCAUGCCAUCUGGCUCAACUGGAUGGCCGGCUGCACCACCAAGGCAUCCUCCACCUCGCUUUCCAGUCCCUGGCACUGGAGUUUUCCUUCCUCCACCAGGCUCUGCUAAUUCAUUAUCUCCUCAAAAGUUACUAAGUGCUGCAACUGAAGUGAACUUAUCUGCUGAGACGGCUUCCCUGUCUGGAAAAGAAAACGGUUCAGGGGAAUCUAGCCAUAGCGCAAGUGCUUUGCCAGAAGAAGGGAAAACACUAAGGCAAGGCCGUAAUGGAAGUGUUGAUGGAACUGUCAGUGGACGGGCAGUGGCGAAGGAAGAACAAAAUCAGAGUGUUGACAAUGUGGUGGCAAGCCAGUCAGCAGGAGCAGUUUAGAGAGAGAGAGAGAGAGAGAGAGAGAGAGAGUUCCUUUUAAGAGGUAGGCUGCCAACUUCAAUGAGUUUGAAGCAAAUGUAAAGAGCGGCAACAUUCGAGAGAAGACCUUCUCACUGUAAUCCCUCGUUUCCUCCAUCCCCUUUUUGUUGUCUUAUUGACAGUUGGUAGCAAACUCGGAUUUUUAUUUU